AUGGCCUCAGCUAGACUAGCGAAACGGCUUCAGGCCGGAGACAACACCCCUAUCUCCCCCGAAGACUCAACAUCGAUAGCAAUCGAACUCGCCUUAGAAUUUCUUCGCUCUGACUACCCUCGAAUGAGCCAGAACGAGCUGCAGCUCAAUGCGAAGGAGGUGGUUCUUGCGAUGGAGAAGAUUGAUUUGGAUAUUGAGGAGGCGAGGAGGGCUCAAGCAGGUAAAGAUGAGAUCCUGGACACGAGGGAGGGUUCAUUCGUUACGGCCAUGAGUCUCGUUUCUACUAGUCCACCACAAGCCACAUUCGAGGGCAAGGGAAAAGGCAGAGAAUCGACGCCCGAACUGAUUCCCUCAGUAGACUCGGAUUCGAGCUCUUCAGACCCAGAUACCCCCUCACUGCCUUUCUCAAUCUGCGGCAUCUGCUUCGACCCCUUCAAACCUACCUACCUUCCCUUUUCCGCCUCUCGCACCGCAACAUCUUCUUCUCGUCUUCCCUUUGGUCUGCAACUCCCUUGUCCUGCCCGCCACGAAUAUUGUCUCUCGUGUCUGACAGGGCAUAUCAGGAGUAAGCUGGAUCCGAGGGACGACGGGAGGGCGACAGCCGAUGUCAGUGUGUUUCCGGUGAGGUGUCCGGAAUGUGAAGUCAAGGAAUACGAUAUUGGGGAUGAUGUGGCGAAUAGGGUGUUGGGUGGGAAGAUACUGAGUCUUUGGCGCCACCAAAAAUACCUGGACUCACUGCCGAGGUUCUGGUGUCCCCAUUCACAUUGCUGCGCUCGGUUGGAAGUCGACGAGAACGCGCGCGAUCCAAGAGCGAGAUGUCCGGAUUGCAAUGGUAUAUUUUGUGUCCCCUGUCGGUCGGUGUGGCACGAAGGUGUAACGUGUAGGGAUUAUCAGUCGCUGCCUCUCGGAGACCGCCAAGCGGACGAUCUCUCGACCCUACAAAGUAUCAAGGCAAAAGGCUGGCGUCGAUGCCCUAAGUGCUAUUACGUCGUAGAACUCUCUUCCGGCUGUAAUCAUAUGACAUGUCGCUGUGGCACCCAGUUCUGCUUUUUAUGCGGAGUGAAAUGGAACACAUGCCAAGGCCGCUGUCCCUCCGAGCCCGCCUGCGCAUUCUGGAACGAAGACAUGCUCAUCGACGAGCGCGACCGGCCUGCGAACAGCAACAGUUCCUCGGGCUUGAACCCACAGUUUUCGAGGGAGGUGUUCAGUGGGCCGGUCGGUCAGGUUGCGAGGUUGGUCCCGGCGGUCAGUUUGGUGCCGCCUUGUGUUGCUGAGGAUUCGGACGAGGAGGAUGAGGAAGAGGAGGAGGAGGGGAGGGGGGCAGUGGUGCUGUUUGGAAACGGUCCGGUGGCGAGGCAGGCGGAAGAUGUGGAGAGGAGUGAGAGUGGUAGUGUAGAGCGAUCUGAGGGGACGGAGGGGACGGAGGAGGACAAGGAGGACGAGGAGGGGAAAGUAAAUAGUCAGGCGGACGAGAUAGUGAUGAAGUGGUCGAAAGACUGGAGCGUGCGGUCGGAUGACGGGAGCGAGGAUAUGUAUCUGUCUGAGGGCGGGGGGAAGGAGCCAGAGCGGAGCGAUGAUGAAGAGUUGCAGGAUAAUAAGGCUGAGUUAGAGAGAGAGUUGGAGAUGGAGAAGAUGCUACAUGUUCCAAGGUGGAGGUUGGAUGAUAUCGAUUGA